AUGGCCCAGUGCUGUCCCUGUUCUGAGCAAACAGUGUGGCCCAGUGCUGGCCUUGUGCUGGCCCAUGCGUGGCCCACCUGUGGCAAACCAGAUAUGGGCCACCCAAGGGUGAUCAUUCUUUGUGAUUCCUGCAGUCAGACACUGAUCGAGUCUGAUCCAGUGAUCAUCAAACCUGAUCAGUCUCAUAAACUGACCUGCACAGCCUCUGGAUUAGACUUUGGUAGCUAUGGCAUGUCUUGGAUCAGAACGGCGCCUGGAAAAGGGCUGGAAUGGGUUGCAUAUAUCUCAAUAUUAUUUAUUUCACAAAUUUUUUUUCUUGCAGAUUCCUGCAGUCAGACACUGAUCCAGUCUGAUCCAGUGAUCAUGAAACCUGAUCAGUCUCAUAAACUGACCUGCACAGCCUCUGGAUUUGACUUCAGUAGCUACUGGUUGGCUUGGAUCAGACAGGUGCCUGGAAAAGGACUGGAAUUUGUUGCAAGAAUUUACAGUAGUAGCAUAUAUUACUCCAGUGCAGUUCAGGGCCGCUUCACAAUCUCCAGAGACGACAGUAAGAAGCAGGUGUAUCUGCAGAUGAACAGCAUGAGGACAGAAGACACUGCAGUUUAUUACUGCCUACAUAUAGAGAAAUAUCAGCCACGGUCACUGUGGGCUCUGGAGAGUUUAGCACUGCUUUUAGAUAAAAGAUGUUCCUUCCAGUUCUGCUGCUGCUGGCAGCUUCAUCCUAUGUGGAAUGUGCAGUAG